AUGUCAUCAGACGUGCUUCACCCGCCUAACUUCCAGUCACUCGGUCAAGAUGUUAUCGCCUGUGUGCUACAGCGAGCUCGAACUCGAAAGCACUCCUUUGUGUCCGCUACAAACAAGAAUACCAUGGUGCCAAGAAACUCCGUGUUUCCGUGCGCGCACAAGUUCGACCCCGUUACUGACGUGGAGCCUAUUCGGGUGGUCAAUCCAACUACACACACGAGAAAAGUUCUCGGCCGACCUUCUCGAUUCAGAGUUGAUCUAUCCACAAACAAACGACAGGAUCUCGUGGAGGCCAUUCACCGAGAGCGCCAUCGAAAAAGCCAAGAGCGAUACCGUCUCAGGCAGAAGGCGUUGAUGGAAAAUCUGCACAAAUGCAAUGGAAAACUUCGUGAUGAGAUUCAGUACCUGAGGACUCGGCGUAACAAACUCUUCAUUGGGAAUGCACCACAUAUCACGAUGCACGACGUGGUGACGGAGUAUUUUCGAGUGUUUCGUCGUGGAUUUAUCGAGCCGGACGGCUCACGAGUCGCCGAACUAGACUUCUUAAGACUAUGCAUGGCUCCGGAUCUUGACGCGGGAACGAUGUCUGGUUUUGAGGCGUUGGCGAGAACCUGGGGGGUCUUCAGCCACCUCUUUGGCGAUGUUCGCUUCCAGUGCGAGCAAGUGCAACAAAUCACUGAGAAUUCUCUCGUGGCUAGGACAACCACGAGCUUCACGUUCAGCAAAAGAAGUGUUGAUGAAGUCUUUCUGUGUAAUGGUUUUCGAGGAAGACCAGCUAAUCAGAAAAGAUUGACUCGCAUCGCUGGUAAGUUACUAGGGGAACAACUAGUUGUGAGUGGUACUGUGCGUUUCUCCUGGGACAACUCAACCAAGCGUAUGGUUGGGUUGAUUUCUCAUGCAGAUAUGUUAUCGCCGCUGCUGAAGUUGUUAGGCAAUGUGGAAGACAUAUCGAUCCUGUUCAGCAAUGCAAGCAUGACGGUGGAGUGCAAUCUUCUCGAGGAUUGCUUCUCACGCUAUCCCUUGUACCACUAA